AUGUGGUUGAUGUUGGACAUCGGGAGUUUGCCCGUGGACCGCCUCUCCGAGCCUGCGUUCUUCUUUGGAGGUGUUAGAGAUGUGCAGUCACCUAUCUACAGACCGUCUCGUCUUCGGAGCGGCGUCCCGGCGACGACCAAAGAACAAGCCGACCGCUUCACCCUCCUCGAGAUACACGACAUCACCGUUGCGCGGGACCUCUGCCUGGUUAUGCUUCUCGCCCAACUCAACACCACCUCAGACCCGACGGAGCGCCUCAAUAUCCAAGCUUCCCUGGUGUGCACGUACUCCAGUGUGAUCAUGCCUAGGGAAUGGCAGGGGUCGCGUACGGGCAAACGGAGCAUGCCCUUACCCGACCCGCGACGUACCCUGACCCUCGUCCGCGGGUACGGGUUUGGACGAGCACGGUACCUUUCAUCAUUGCUGCACCGGGGGACAAUGUCGUGCAACAGAAAAGGAGAGACGUACGACGAGCUGGGAGGUGUGAGCAUCGGGUUCAUAGCACUCACGUUGGAGGCCCCAGCUCGUUCCCAGCGAAGCCAGUGGAUGGCGCAUGGCGCGCUCGCGCCGGCAGCCGCGUGCUCUCGAUCUCCUUGA